AUGUUCGGUUUGCUUGCAUUUGUGUCUCUGCUCAUAACGGCUCAUGGCUCUGUUUUCCAUACCAAUGACAUCCGGCUCAUCACUAGCCGUAUAGUAGGCGGGGAGGUCGCGGCGGACGGCGGUUACCCCUACCAAGUGUCCCUCAGAAGCUUCGGCUCUCACUUCUGUGGCGGGUCCAUACUCAAUAGCCGGUGGAUUUUGACGGCGGCACACUGUACCGUGGGUAAACCACCUUAUUACUUCGACGUGGUCGUUGGCACCAACUCCCUGGUCAGCGGGGGCAGCAAGUACUCCGUCGAGAAGAUCGUGGUCCAUGAGAAGUACAACGGGGGUCUCAUACAGAACGAUGUCAGUGUGGUGAAGGUCGCCCAGGACAUAGUGUUCUCCAGUAAAGUGCAGCCUAUCAAACUGCCUCGCAAUGACACGGUCGCAGGCGCCGAUCUUACUCUCACCGGGUGGGGUACAACUACGUACCCGGGGAGUCUACCGAAUCAGCUGCAGGUCAUCAAUUUGACGGCCAUCAGCGUGGAAAUUUGUCAGACACGCUUUCAUGGCAUCAAUGAGGUCGUCAAUUCUCAGAUAUGCUCCCUCACUAAGGCCGGUAAAGGCGCUUGCCACGGUGAUUCUGGCGGGCCCCUAGUGGAGAAUGGUCGCCUGGUCGGCGUCGUAUCCUGGGGUAUGCCGUGUGCACGUGGCUACCCAGACGUGUACUCCAGAGUAUAUUCUUUUAAAGAAUGGAUAUUAGAAACGAUUCUAGAGAACUGAAGUUGUUUCAAAUACGAAUCAAUAAAUAUAUUGAAAUAAGCACCUUUAAUUCUUGCCUUAUUAUUUUAGAGCAAAGAAAAUACAUAUUUCUAGAAAAAAAUCUGCUCAGUCUAAGUUUCAGACGGGAUUCGAACACGCAUCAUUUGCUAUCCGGGCGAAACCAGGACAGGUAUUCUGUAUUCAGAUACAAUCUCACUUAUGAUCUAAUUCACCUCGAGCCUCUUCAAUUACGCAGUGACGUGGCAUCACUAAGCUCGUUCUAUCGUCUGUACCACGGCGAGUGUUCUGAAGAGUUAUUCUCUCUUAUUCCACCUUCCCCUUUCCUUCAGAGGACCACGCGCGCUGGCCUUCGUUGUCAUCGUCUAACUGUGGCAACAAUUCUAACGCGUAUAAAGUUUGGUGACUCAUUUCUCUGUCGCACUAUCCGUAAAUGGAAUGCUCUGCCUGCUCACGUGUUCCCUCCUUCUUAAAACCUGGGAUCCUUUAAAAGAGGCGUGAAGAAGCAACAUGCAGGUCGGCAAGGUGAGGAUGGCUGGUGUGGAAGGUGGAACGGCUGUACCAGCUAUCUUCACGUCUGGACUUCACCAUCACUUAACAUCAGGUGGGGUGGAGUCAUUUGUCGCACCUAUCUAUAAAAAAAUAUAUAUAUUCGGGUAUCUGAGAAAUGUCAAAUAUCUUAUACUGGCUGAUUCUAAGGGCAUAGCGACAUUUUGUCGUGUUAUAACGUAAUGCAUAUCAAACUAAUGUCUCAAAAUUUUGACUAAUGUUAAUGGAGUCCGUAAAAACUGUUGUGUAUUUCGGUAAAAAUAACUUAGGCUUACUAGUGUGUGACGUCACACGAUCGUUAUUAAAACGUCAACCGAUACAAUGUAAUGUCACUUUAACCGGAAGUUUACUUGCGUGUGACGUCAUUUUAGGCUCCGCCAAUCCCAAGCGUUUUGGGUCACGUGACAAUAGAUAAGAAAACUAUUCUUUAUUUAUUCUUAUCUUUUUCGUGGGUUUUUAGUAAAAUAAUGAAUAUUUUUUUUGUAAAAAUAGUAAAGACCCCUGCCAAUAUUCAUUCUUAACACAGAUGCUAACAAUUGGCAUUUUAUUUUUAAUACUGUCAAAUACCCUAUUAUUG